AUGCCCAGCGACUGUGACCGGGCCAAGCCACAGCACCGAGCUGAGCGGAUGGAGCGGAUUCUGGCGGUCUGGGAAUUCCAAAGGGCGAUGGUUUCACACAUGUGUGAGAAGUUUGCACAAGACUCGGAGCCCUGCCUGACGCCCGUGCACCCCACGCCCCGGGGCCCCGUGGUCCGCGUGUGCGCAGGCGCAGCGGCCAAGCUCUCCUGGCCGCAGGGGGGCGCCCUGGUGCAGAGCGCCGAGCUGCCGCCCCGGCCUGGCGCUGGAGCUGAGGCCGGCCCCCCGCCACAAGGAGAAUGUGUCCCCCGGACCUGCGACCCCCCUGAGCCGGGCACCGAGCCACCCCACUCCUGCUCUGCUCAGGAUCCCCAGGCCCUGCCCAUCAGCCCCUCCUGGGAGACAGAACUCCCCAGGCCCCCCACAAUCCUGGCCCCCUACUCUGAGGCGUGGCUGGUGCCCCUGUCCCCUCUGCACAUUGGUCACAAGUGUCCCUGCAUGUGUCUCUCCUCUCUAGAGCACUGGAGACUCCCGAAGAGCCUCGGCGUGGGCCCGGGCAGCGGGCAGGGCCGGUGGGUGCCCACGUGUCGGGCCAAGAGGCCAGGGCCUGCCGUCACCCCCUCCCCAGGGCCGGUGCCGGGCCCAGAGCCCUGGCAAGUCCAGACCAACCUGGCCGGCCCCCGGCCCCGCCCCAGCCCUGCCCUGAAGGACUCUGCAGGCCUGCUGACCAACUCUGGCUCCCGACAACAGAGCAACGUGCGGCUGCGGCCCCGGAGGCCCCAGGGCAGCGCCCAGGCGUGUGCGGUGCAGCAGAGUAACCUGAGCGUGUGGGAGGCCGGUCUGGCUGGGUGUGGGAGUCCCAGUGGCCCCCACCUCCGGCCAGAGCCUCAGGAAAGCUGGCCCUGCCUGAAGCCCUGGGAAAGCCCCUCCCCCGGAGGGUCACUGGCCUGCCGGCCCUCCGCCCUGGGGCUGUCCCGGCUGCUGACCACGGACUCUCCCUGCCCCAGCUCCAGGCCUGCUGCAGGCUUUGCCUCUCUUGCUGGACACUCACAGCUGGACCCCAGAUCCUGGUGUGGCCUGGGGGGCUGGACCUCCAGGCUCCAGGGAGAACCUCUCACGCUGGAGGACCUGGCUGUCCAUGCCCCGAGCGGGGCUCUGACACCGUGCCGAGCUGCUGUCCACCAGCUGUUGGUCUCUGUUCGGCGCCUGGAGCUCGAGAUGGCCCGUCUCUGGUGCCGGGAGUCCCAGCAGCCCCCAGACUCUGCAGAGCAGGACCCCUGGGCCAGCGGCGGCCAGGCACGGGCUGCUGCUCCUGGGUCCGACACUGCUGAGGCUGCCCUGCCCUCUUGGCGGUCAGACGGGGGUGGGGGUGCUCUGCCUCAGAGGGGCGCUGGAAGAAGCGGGGAGGUCUGCAGCUGGUCUUCUCACUGCCGCAGGGACCCCACCUGGGCCAUGCUGCAAGGCGCCAUGGUGGUGCCUUGCCCCCAGGACCCUGCUCCCCGGGGCCCGGAACAGCCCUGGUGGGUCCCCAGCCGCCAGCUUCUGUCCAGAUGUUUCGGAGCCUGGCGGCACGUGGCCCAGAAGCCGGAGGCUGCAGGAGCUGCUCUUGCUGCGCCAGCGGCAGCGGUUACCCAGGGCCCUGCGGGUGCGGCAUUGGCCCUGAGGCUCCGGCAGGACCAGCUGGAGGCAGUGUGGACACGACACACACAUGCCCUGCUGGUCCAGAGCUUCCAGAAGUGGAGACACAGGACUCUGCAGCGGAAACAAGGGCAGACCCACGCCCAGGCUGGCCCCUCGCCCUCAGGGGCGGGCCAGGGCCAAGGCUCCCCGGGAAGGACGCCAGCGGUGGACCUCGCCGGGAGAGGCAGGUAUCAGAGGGUGAAUCCAGCAGGUAUAGACGAAGUCUUCCUGCUGUGGUGCCAUCAGAAGGAACGGGCCAGGCUGGAGCAGAGGGGCCAGGGACAGGCCUCCCAGGCCACCCGGAGGACUCAGGGUCUGGGGAGGCCCCCAGACGCGGCCUGGGUGCCCGCCCUGGCCGCCUGUUCCCAGAGAGCCUGGCUGCGCAGGUGCUUCAGGGCCUGGCAGCGGUUCCUGCAGCGGGGCAUCCGGUUCCGGUGCCAUCUGGCUGCCCACCGGACGGGGACCCUGAGAAUGAGCCUGCGGCAGUGGGUGCAGAUGAAGCAGCUCCGGGCCUCGGAUGGGGCGAAGGUGACCCAGCUGUGUCUCUGCUGGAAGCAGGCAGGCGGCGGCCGCCCCCAGGAGCCAGGCCGGAGCUCGCUGCAGGAAGCCUGCCGGAGGCUGGCCCUCCGCAGGGCGCUGCAGCUCUGGAAAACACGGCUCUCCCAGCACCAGCAGGCCGAGCAGGUGCCCGGAGCUAGUGACCAGGGCGUGGGCGGGGGCCCGGUGGGCACAGGCGCGUGCUCGGCCCUGGAAGCAAUGGACCGUGUGCUGCUCUUUCCGUGCUCCUUCUUCCAGGGCCUGAGGCAGCAGGCGCUUCGGAGCCUCCUGAGGGCCUGGCACUCGAGGGCGUGCAGUCUGGGCACCACGCCAGGCGGCACCCAGACCACCUCAGCCCUGGAGUCCCUGGGCGGCUGCAACACACCCCAGAGCUUAUUGGAGAAGGCUUCCAGGGCCCCUGCGGGCCUGGACACGCUCCGGGUGGACUUUCUGCGGGCAGCCAGGAGGCGGCAGCAGGGGCAGUGCCUUGUGCUCUGGCAGGCAAGGUCCCGGCAGUCCCUGGGCGCCGCGAGGUGGCACCAGCACAGCCUCCAGAGGCGCGUCAUCCUCGGCUGGAGCCACUGGACGACCACCCACAGGGCCCGGAGAGAGCUGGCCGCUCGCCGGGCCUGGGACAGGACCUGCAGGGCCGUGCUGGGCGUGUGGCGGCAGCGGCUGGCCCAGAGGCGAGAGCUGGGGCAGUGGGCCCCGGCGCGAGGAGGGAGACUGGUGCGAGAUGCCCUGGGCCACUGGCGCACCUGGGGCUGUUUACAGGCCUGGUCUGGGCGUAUGAGAGUCAGAGGGGUUCUUGGGGCCAAGCAUGGCGCUUUCCAGGAUGGUUUGGAGACAAGGCCCCCUGGGGUCACCUUUGCCACGCAGGGAGCCCGAGGGGCUGCUGCAGCCGGAGCACAGGAGUGGCGUGUGGCCCAGGCCUCCGUCGCUCUCUGGAGGAGCUGUGCGCGAGAGUGCCGGGCUGACAGGCAGCUGCGCAGGGCCUGGGCCCAGCAGGCCUUUGUCGCAUGGCGAGUGGCCUUGGGCCAGCACUGAGAGGCCCGCCAGCGGGCAGAAGAGCAAGCUCAGGCCCAGGCCAGGGUGGCCCUGUGCUGGGGGCUGUGGGUGCAGGAGGCUCAGUGCCGGCUCAGCCGAGCCCACGCUGCCCGGAGGCUGAGCGCAAGCUGGAACGUGGGGCUGAAGUCCAGAAGGCCAGCACUGCCCACCCCGGGCCCUGGCCCAGGCCGGACAGCAGAGAGCAGCAACCGGCUCUGA